CUUCUGGGCCCUCUGGGCCGCAGGCUCUGGCCUGCCCUUCAGACCAUAAGAAUUGUGAAGACGUGAGAAUAAUAAACCCAGGCUUGGAGGAGACAGACUAGACCUGGGAAGCAGGAAAAAACAGUUUUCACCUGGGAACGAGAGUGUUUCUUCUUCUUCGCCUCUCUUUCUGAAAACAAUGCUAAAUAGUGAACUCUUCUUUUUUUUCUACCCACACAAAACCCUAGAAACAAACCUUUUCCUUUAGUUCUCUCCUCACCAAACGGAGAUUCAUUUCGGGGACAUUUACCCACCCUUCCCUUGAGGGUACGGGGCUCAAGCGACGCAGGGGUUAACUUUUCAGAAAACACAAUUAACUUUUUCCUAUCCUGCGUGGGGAGGGGAGGGAUAUAUUUAUUUAAUCACUGGGGGAUGGGGUGGUCUCAAUCCAAAUGCUCCCUCCUCCCUCAAAGGCACAGACGCCUCUUUCGCAGAUCCUACGUAGGUGGAACAGGACGCGUUGUGUUGUCGGGGAGAGAGAGAGAGAGAGAGAGAAAGGAGAAGGAGAAGAAGGAGGAAAAAAAAAAGGUUGAUAGGUUUGUGCGCGGGUCCCUCGCGCGGGCUGCGCUCCUCCUGGGUGCUAUUUGACAAUUCCUGCCUCUGCCAUUGGUCAGUGUUGGAUCAGAUGGUUGUAUUUCCUUCUGGCCCUCACUGGCACCUCGCCAUCCCCCCUCAGCUAAAACCCAAUCUCAGAUAUACUACUAAUAGGCGCGGCGCUCGGACUAUAAAACACAACAAAUCAUAAACCCGGCGGAGCAGCAGCGGCCGAGCGCGCCUCCCCUCCCAAUGAGUUCCUAUUUCGUGAACUCCACCUUCCCCGUCACUCUGGCCAGCGGGCAGGAGUCCUUCCUGGGCCAGCUACCGCUCUACUCGUCGGGCUAUGCGGACCCGCUGAGGCACUACCCCGCGCCCUACGGCCCCGGGCCCGGCCAGGACAAGGGCUUUGCCGCUUCCUCCUAUUACCCGCCCGCUGGCGGCGGCUACGGCCGAGCGGCGCCCUGCGACUACGGGCCGGCGCCGGCCUUCUACCGCGAGAAGGAGUCGGCCUGCGCGCUCUCGGGCGCCGAAGAGCCGCCCCGGUUCCACCCCGAGCCGCGGAAGUCAGACUGUGCGCAGGACAAGAGCGUGUUCGGCGAGGCGGAGGAGCAGAAGUGCUCCACCCCGGUCUACCCGUGGAUGCAGCGGAUGAAUUCGUGCAACAGUUCCUCCUUUGGGCCCAGCGGCCGGCGCGGCCGCCAGACCUACACGCGCUACCAGACGCUGGAGCUGGAGAAAGAGUUUCACUACAAUCGCUACCUGACGCGGCGGCGGCGCAUCGAGAUCGCGCACGCCCUGUGCCUGACCGAGCGGCAGAUCAAGAUCUGGUUCCAGAACCGGCGCAUGAAGUGGAAAAAGGAGAGCAAACUGCUCAGCGCGUCUCAGCUCAGUGCCGAGGAGGAGGAAGAAAAACCAGCCGAGUGAAGGCAUUGGAAAGGGAGGGGGGACGCGAAGGGAGCGGCCUGUGGGGAGCCGAGGGCCUCGUAGAGCCCCGAGAAGGCUCUGCGGGCGGGGGACCCGGGGGACCUGCUGUCUAGCGCUCGGCACGUGCGGGGGGCCCAGCGCUCUCCUGGACGCCCCCACCCGCAGAGCUCUCACCGGGUGCUGGGAGGCCCUGCCGCCUGAGCCCACCCAGCACCCUGAGCGCCCCCUCCAUCCCUGCGGGACCCGCUUCAGCCCCGUCAGGCUCCCCUGUGAGAACUGAGGACCGGACUCACUUGAUGUUUCCUGGAAGCAGAGCAAAAUGCUCUUGUCCGUGUCGCGUCUCAUUUCGUCCAUGUCCCCGGUGCACGGUUCAAUGGUAGAUUCGCAGUCCCCUCAGCGGGGGCCUCGAAGACUCCCUGACCCCAGACCUCUCUCCCAUCCCCUCCCUAAAGCCACUGGAAGGAGCACAUACUACCUAGAAAGAAGUAAGAAGAGGAGCCUCAGAAGAAAACAAAGUUCUAUUUUAUUAAUUUUCUAUGUGUUGUGUUUGUAGUCUUGUCUUAGCUCUGGACGUGAAAUACUUCGGUAAUAAUAUUAAUAUUAUUAAUAAUGAUGAUAAUAAUAAUAAAGACGUUAAAACUC